GAGGGAGAAGAGAGGAGAAGUGGAGAGAAAGAGAGAAAGAGAGGGAUUUUACCUCACAGCGCAGACGGUUGGCUUUAUCGUGGACCAGACAUCACGGACUCCAUGUGGGGCUUUUAACACAGCACGCCGGACAGCGCCGCCAAUUAAGCCCGCUAGAGAGCCGCCCCCAGCCCGGGCUUCCAUCGGAACAACUCCCGCUCUGGAUAUGCGCUCGUCCACAGAGCGCCCCGCUGCCGGCCGCGAUGACAACCGCCAGUGACUUCCCCCGAGCAUGAAGGCUGCGCACACCACCCAGCGAGGCGGAGAAACUUCUGCAAGACUGAACCCUCCAGCGAACCUUCCCCGGUUGUCACUGUACUGAGACGUGACUUGCAGUGUGCGCCAUGGGGAUAAGACACAUUCUGCUGCUGCUCGUCUAUCUGGACCCGAUGAGCGUGUUGAGCGCGGCUGCGGGUGCUAAAAAAGCCAAGCAGACGCACAGGAAGAUUCCCAAAGCCACAGCGGCGCCCACGGCGGCCCCGGAGCCCAAGACCCCGCUGCCUGUGCCGGUCAGCAACCACGACACCUGCCUGGGUUACUACGACGUGAGCGGCCAGUACGACAAAAUGUUCGAGUGCAACAACACGGACCAUCGCUACUGCUGCGGGACUUGCUACCUGCGCUUCUGCUGCGAGUACAAAAAGGACAGACUGGACCAGAAAGCCUGUAAGAACUACCAGACGCCCGUCUGGGUGCAGACGGCCGCUCCGUCCCAGGCUCCCACGGAGGAGACGUACGUGGACCAAACCAACACCGCCGUCUACAUCACCUGUGGGAUCAUCGCCUUCAUCAUCGUCAUGGGAGUGUUGGCCAAAGUUGCCUAUGACAAAGCCACAGAACCGCCACAAGAAAUGAACAUACACAGAGCGCUUGCAGACAUCCUGAGGCAGCAGGGGCCCAUACCCAUUUCUCAAUAUGACUGUGAGAACUUUGCAGCGAUUAAUGGUUCUUCCAAAGACAACACACCGAUCAGAACCUCCUCCAAGAACCAUUACACUCCCGUUCACACCUCCAAAUCCAAUCACGGUCACUAUGGAAAGGAGAGUGUUCGGAGCAGUGGUGGUGCAGACCUUCAUAACUUCAUCUCCUCUGGGUUUGUCACGUUGGGCCGUGGUCACCAGAAAGGAGAAAAACAUUGGCCGGUCCGCUCCCAAAGUCACCAUGGUACCCAUCAGCACAACUAUAACCAUGUGGCUCUAGGUAGCCCCAUACGCACACCUAAGAACGCCCACCGAUCGCUGAGGCGUGAAAACAAUCGGAUAAGUGGCAUCCUGACUUCGCAGACGGAGCCCUACGACCUGUCUUUUUCACGCUCCUUCCAGAGCCUGUCCCACCUGCCGCCGUCAUACGAGGCGGCCAUCAAAGCCGACCUCAGCCGCUUCUCGUCCUUGAAGAAACUGACAGAUAAAGAAGUGGAGGACUACUAUUCUCGUAAACGCCACCUGCCCGACCUGGCAGCAAGAGGCACUCUUCCCCUUCAUGUUCUUAAAAUCAGCCAAGACCCGCAGCAACAGCUUCAGAGCCAGGCCCAACAGUCCUCCAUCUCACAGGUUUCUACCCAACCACAGUCUUCCCAGCAGCCUUCCCAGCAAAGACAAAGACCCCGUCGUGUCCAGAGAGCCAUGUCUCAGGAUCGGGUUCUGUCCCCAGAGAGAGCCCCACAACAGGAAUACAACACAUCCUCGAAUGGUAUGUCACCCUACGGAGGUCGGAUCCUCUCAGAUGAACAGCUGCUGUCAGCUGAACGUCUUCGAUCCCAAGAGCGACUCCUUCCGCAGGACCGCCAUACUUCCCAAGAACGCCUGUACACCAAGGACCGCAUGUACUCCAAGGACCGAUUGCUCUCACAGGAUCACCUUUACCCAAAAGACCGUCACUACUCUCAAGACCGACUCUACUCACAAGAUCGCCUGUACUCACAAGACCGCCUUCUGUCCCAAGAUCCUCUCCUCUCGCCAGACAAGCUGAUGAUGUCGCUAAAGCGCGGCAUGGUCAGCAGUGCGUCCGGUGGGUUCUACGACAUGGACAAGUCCAUGUCACGUGCCAUUUCGCACACAGAUGUCUUCAUGCCCACCACGCCUCUGAUGGAUCGCUACAAGAUGACCAAAAUGCACUCCCAUCCCAGUGCCUCCAACAAUGGGGGUAGUGGAGCCAGUGCUGGGGCUCUGACAGCGGCGCCCUCAACACACUCAAACACUUUAGCAAUGAACCAGACUGUUAAUAAGCGGCAGGCAUUCGCCACAAGACGGACUCACACCGUGGAACAGCUCCACUACGUCCCCCAGCAUCACCAGCAGCAACAGCCGCCGCAGCACUACCGCACUGGCAGCAAGACUGAGGUGACCGUGUAACUGCAACCGGGAAGUGCCUGAAUUGCACGGACAGUAACACUACUGUGCCAUUGGCUGAAGUAAUCAGGUGUGCUCAUGCUCGAUUAGAAUAGGACGGUGAUGAUUUAGCUUUCUUUGACCCACGUUCCAGGACCAAGAACAUCAACUCGCUUACUGUGAGAGACCGGUAAAAUGAGCUACACUGUAUGCUACAUCCAGAAUACUUUAAUUCAGGAGUUCUCCCUCUCACCUGCAAAACAAUCGCACCACUCUCCGCAUUAUAAUUUCCAUGCACAGGCCCUGGUCUCGUUCUGUGGGUUUUGGUGAGGAAACACUAAUCUUUUCAAGCCGUGAUCAACCCCCUUUUUCCCCAAAAAAUCUAGUGUAUUACCUUUUCUGUAAAAGGGCUUUUCACUGUAAAACCCAAGGAUCCAAUUCCUCAUUGACUUCUGAUGUAUGACACUACAGCACCACAUAUAAUGAACUAUAAUAACAUCAUGAAUAUAUAGAUAAAAUGGACAAAAAAAUAUUUGUACAACCCAUCCUAUUUAUAGCUGUAGAGAGACGCUGAAUUUGAUGUUAUUUGCACUUUUUGGUGCCUCUAACAGAUGUUCAAUUUCUAAAAAAUGACAUGUGGGUUAUAAAGCACAAAUCAUUAAAAAAAAGAAUAAUCAUAUUGUUACUGAAUUUUUAGUGACAGCUAGGGUUUUUGUAAGGCGAUGACAGUUACAGCACCUCAUAAAAGUGAGUACGCCUGCAUAUAUUUUAUUAUAUUAUCAUAUUUCUUCAUGGGAAAAAAAUUAAGACACGUUGAUACAAUUUCAAGUAGUCAGUGUACAUCUUGUGUGACUGUAAAUUACUGUCCACUCAAAAUAACUCAACACACAGCCAAUGAUGUCAAAACCUCUGGCAACAAAAAGUGACUACAACCAAAAGAAGAAUGUCUGACAUUGGGCCAAAUUAUUAAUUUUCCCUGCCAAGUGUCAUGUUUCAAGGUUUCAGGUGUGAAAAGGGAACAGGUGUGUCAUAUUUAGUGUUAUUGCUCUUACACUCUCCCAUACUGGCCACUGGUAAAGUGAAGUGGAGGAGCACAAAGUCUGCAACAUCCACCAUUUUUGUGACAUUGUCAUGGAGGAGUGGAAGAGGAUUCUAAAGGCAACCUGAAGCUGUAAUAAAAUCAAUGCCCAAGAGAGUUAAGGCAGUGCUGGAAAAUAAUGGUAUCCACUAGUGCUGUGCAAUAUAACGAUAUAAUGCAGUACAACAUAAAAAUGUCUAUUGUACGAUAUGACUUAUAUCGUAAUCUAAAAAUGCGACUAAUGUAACUGCAGCAGCACUGCUUCUUUGCAGUAGCAUUUUUACUUCACUUGAAUUAACUUCACGGGAAAAGUCAGUAUGGAUGUCAACAUCAUAGCAAUCUGCUACUAGCAGGCAGGGACAAACCCAACAGAAGCUAAGCCAACAAAACCUGAAGAGGAAUUGCUGCCAAAAACGAUGGACGAUGAACUCCUUUGUUUAGCUUUGGCUUGGAUUAACAAACGUCAGUGGCCGCCUGAACGGUCAUUUUUUAAAAUAUGCCGCCAACAAGUCGUUGCCAGUCACCUGAACACGUCUCAUAUUUUUUUUAUCACUCAAAGACACGUUACAUGGAACAGUACGGAGACAGUGAAAAAAUGUGACAAAAUGCCAAAACCACAAAGUGUUAUCACCGUCUAUGACGAGCAGUCCCGUAGACACCAAGAAAUGUUUCUAAAGUCUCUAAAUUCAUGUUUUGACAUGGCUCGAGUAUACACUGUUGAAAAAAAGGGUUGGCACUAAAAUUGUCUUGUCUUGUUUAUAAUAUAAGUAAGUACAUCUUAUUUAUAAAGCGCUUUUCACAGAUAAAAUCACAAAGCGCUGUACAAAACAUAGGUGAAGUAAAACAACAAUUCAAUUAAAACAACAGGGGCAACAUCAUAAAAAGGAUACAAAGUGGAUUACAAAUGAUAGUUCAAAGGUGCAUUAACUAAAAGCUUUACUAAAAAGAGAAGUUUUCAAAUGUUUCUUAAAAGUUUCAACACAGUCAAGAUCACGGAGGGACUGGUGCAAAUUGUUGCAGAGUCUGGGAGCUAUAGCCUGGAAUGCCAGGUCUCCACAGGUUUUAAAACACGUUUUUGGGAUCUUUAGAAGACCCUGGCCUAAAGACCGGAGGCUGCGCCCUGAGGAGUAGGGGGCAUAUCAAGUCAGUGAUGUACUGAGGGGCCCCACCAUGCAACGCACGGAAUGUCAAGACUAAAAUCUUAAACUCAAUGCGGAAUUAUUAACGGGGGAAGCCAAUGAAGACUAGAUAAAACGGGGGAGAUGUGGGCUGUUGUGGGUGCACUGGUCAACAGUUUGGCAGCUGCAUUUUGUACAGUCUGAAGUCUCUUUAGCGUUGACUUGUUGAAGAGAGUGAAAAGAGACAUGCAAUAGUCAAUGCGAGACGAAAUAAAAGAAGAAAAUAUGACCAAAAGUAAAACUAAUUUAAUGUGUGCAUAAAAAUAUAAUUUAAAUAACAAACACUAUAUCUUAAUAUAUAUCAUUAUUGGGAUAUAAAUUACCCAUCCAUCCAUUUUCUAUUGCUUGUACCUCGCCUUCCGCAUUCGGGUACACCCUGGACAAGACGCCACCUCAUCACAGGGCUAACACAGAUAGACAGACAACAUUCACACUCACAUUCACACACUAGGGCCAAUUUAGUGUUGCCAGUCAACCUAUCCCCAGGUGCAUGUCUUUGGAGGUGGGAGGAAGCCGGACUACCCACGCAGUCACGGGGAGAACAUGCAAACUCCACACAAAAAGACCCGGAGCCCGGACUUUUACUGUGAGGCACACACACUACUCCCUGUGCCACAGUCCUGCCUAAUUUACCCAUAUGAGGAUAUUUAUUUGUUGUCGAUAUCGCGCAUGUAUACAAGUAAAAUAUUGACACUUUGGCCCAAUUUAGAAAUUGUACUCACUUUUGUUGUGAGUGUUUUAGACAUUAAAGGCUGUGUGUUAUUUUAGGAGGAAUUUACACUAAGCAGUCCACUGACCACUUUAUAUUGUAUUAAAGUGAAAAUAUAAUACAUAUUUGCAAAAAUUUAAAGGGUGGAUACUCACUUUUGCGAGGGACUGUACUGUAUAUAUAUACACACACACACACACACACACACACAUAUUUUGGGGGUUUAUUUUGCUUCUAGUCUGUAAAUAAGCUAUACUAGAAAAAGUGUUUUUGGCAAGUCUGAACUGAAUGGACUUUGAUUUAGACUGUCGGUUGAAAGUAGAUUCUUCAAAAGAACAACUAUAAAUGAUCACUGUUUUGUUAGUUCAGAUUAGAACCCCACUUAACCAAGUAUUUGACAGGAUAAAUGACUACUAUACUGUGUGUUUCUUGCAGAACUUUGUAUUGAGAAAAGGAAUGAAUGUGUUGUUAAUAACAGAUAUAUUGCUCAUACUUGGAUGUAUACUGUUCUCCAUUGACAUCCCCCAAGUUGAACAUCAUGGAAAUGGAUUAUAAUGCUUGUAGUAACAAAUAAACCAUCCAUAUUUUUCUAACUAUUAAAUAUUGA